UGUGGGUAGAAGAGUGGAAGUGGGACGAAGGGGAAGAGGGUGUGAGUGUGGGGAAGUGGGGGCAAAGAGAGCGCGAAAGGAAAGAGCGAAAGAGAAGAGAAUAGAAAAGUGGAGUGAAAUUUUAAACUCCAAUCUUGCGACGAAGUCACGUGACUUCGGAUUUCGCGUUCCUGCGAAAUUGAAGGA